ACCCUGAGCCAAGUUUGUAUGUGUUACCGCUUUGUGCGGAACGGUCCAUGUGUGCAGCUACAAAAAACAGGAGGGAGGAAGCAGUGAGUCCUAGAAUUCUUCUCAUCUGUCGCAGAAUAUGCAGGGAAUUUUGAAGAUUGCUGUAGCAAGAAAUGGAGUUUGUCGUGGCUUGAAGGGGUUGUAUUCAAGCAAGUUACUGAGGGCACAACAAGUCCUUCUUGCACAAGGUUUAAAUAAUUUUCAAAACCGGUCAUAUGCAGCUGAAGCAAGUGCAAAAAAGACAUUUUCCAGAGACAAACCACAUGUAAAUAUUGGUACCAUUGGUCACGUUGAUCAUGGCAAAACUACCUUAACUGCAGCUAUAACCAAAGUUCUUGCUGAAGCUGGUGGUGCUAAAUUUAAAAAUUAUGCUGACAUUGACAACGCUCCAGAGGAAAGGGCACGGGGAAUUACUAUAAAUGCUGCACAUGUUGAAUAUGAAACUGAGAAUCGUCACUACGGACACAUCGAUUGCCCUGGUCAUGCAGAUUACAUUAAGAACAUGAUAACAGGAGCUGCACAGAUGGACGGAGCCAUACUUGUUGUAGCUGCUACUGAUGGGCAGAUGCCACAAACAAGAGAACAUUUGCUGUUAGCUAAUCAGGUUGGUGUAAAGAAUUUAUGUGUUUUUAUAAAUAAAGCUGAUAUGGUGGAUGAUGAAGAGCUGAUGGAAUUAGUUGAAAUGGAAAUUCGGGAGUUGUUAACAGAGUAUGGCUAUGACGGUGACGAAACUCCGGUUAUAUAUGGCUCUGCUCUGUGUGCUUUGGAAAAUAAAAAUCCUGAGAUGGGGUUGGAAAAAAUCAAGGAAUUAAUUGCUGCAGUGGAUGAUCAUAUUCCCUUACCUGUGCGUGAUCUAGACAAGCCAUUUUUAAUGCCAGUGGAAGAUAGUUUUUCUAUACCUGGUCGAGGCACAGUCAUUUCUGGAAGCAUUGAGCGAGGUGUGAUUAAGAAAGGAGACGAGGUUGAAUUGAUUGGUCAUGGCAAAGACGUCAUCAAAACAACUGCUACAGGUUUGGAAAUGUUCCACAAAUCUUUGGACCAAGGACAAGCUGGUGACAAUUUAGGGGCAUUAAUACGUGGUGUCAAACGGGAGGAUGUGAGAAGGGGCAUGGUGUUAUGUGCUCCAGGCACUGCGAAAGCAUGUGUGAAAUGCAGAGCUCAGGUUUAUAUAUUAAAAAAAGAAGAAGGUGGGCGACACAAGCCAUUCGUUUCCAACUACACUCCGCAAAUGUAUGUUCGAACGGGUGACGUAGCAUCGAUAAUUACAUUAGAUGAAGGAAAAGAAUUUGUUAUGCCAGGAGAGGAUGCAAGUUUUACAUUAACUCUCAUGCAUGCUGUGCCUUUAGAACAGGGACUUCGUUUUACAAUGCGAGAAGGUAGCCGGACAGUUGGUACUGGUGUAGUGACGGAAAUUUUAGAGUAAAUUGUGAAUUGCUUAUCUUGGCAAAAAUAUAACAACAGAUCAAGUUAAACAACAACUAAAAAAUUGUUUUAAAAAUGCUGAAAUCUGUUUUGUUAGUUGACAAUGUAAAACCUCUCAUUUUUUUGCACUAGAUUUAUUUUUAUUGGUAUAUUUUGUAAAAUUGAAGGUACUAUACUGCAGA